AGGGCUGUCGGCCACCAGCAGCAGCAGCAGCGGCACCACAGACAGUGAAAGUGAGGAGAAAUACAUACAAAGUGUCCCGCCUCCAAGAAAACCACUCGGACCUGGAAUAAACUAAGACGCCUCCGUGUGUUUCGACAGGUUUGCUUUAUUGUUUUGAUCGCGGGAGGGAAGGAUGGAAAUGCAGAUGGGUGAGCGUGAUAGCAGUAUGGCGAAGGUGGAAGACUGGCAGAAUACAAUGUAUGGCUUGGACUCGGGCAUCCAGUCCGGCGCCACCACAGUCACUACUGAUGACGGCGAUUACACUACUUCCAAGCACUACACUGUGACCACCACCACUGUCACAAGGGAAGAGCCUAACACAGAGUUUGUUACAAGAGCACAGCGAGUGCGGGCUGCAAUGUUCCCAGAGACUCUGGAGGCGGGCACCACCAUCCUGUCGACUCAGACAGACCCGUCCCAGAUGACCAACGUUCAGCGACUGGCCGAGCCCUCCCAGAUGCUCAAGACAGCAAUCAUCCAUCUGAUCAACUACCAGGACGAUGCAGAGCUCGCCACACGUGCUGUGCCUGAGCUCACCAAAUUGCUAAACGAUGAAGACCAGGUGGUGGUCAGCAAGGCUGCACAGAUUGUCAACCAGCUCACACGCAAGGAGGCAUCUCGGCGGGCGCUGAUGCAGUCCCCUCAGAUGGUGGCAGCAGUGGUGCGGGCCAUGCAAAACACAAGCGACAUGGAGACAGCGCGGGCCACAGCCAGCAUCCUCCACAACCUGUCCCACCAGAGAGAGGGCCUGCUCUCCAUCUUCAAGUCUGGAGGCAUCCCUGCUUUGGUCCGCAUGCUCAGCUCUCCCAUGGAGUCUGUGCUCUUCUACGCCAUCACCACACUUCACAACCUGCUGCUGCACCAGGAAGGAGCAAAGAUGGCUGUUCGUCUGGCUGACGGCCUGCAGAGGAUGGUUCCCCUGCUGAACAAGAGCAACCCCAAGUUCCUGGCUAUCACCACAGACUGCCUGCAGCUGCUGUCCUAUGGCAACCAGGAGAGCAAGCUCAUCAUCCUUGCUAACAGAGGUCCUGAGGGUCUCGUUCACAUCAUGAGGAACUACACCUAUGAGAAGCUGCUGUGGACCACAAGCCGUGUUCUCAAAGUCCUCUCUGUGUGCCCAAGCAACAAACCUGCCAUUGUAGAGGCUGGUGGGAUGCAGGCUCUUGGUAAACACCUGACAGGUUCCAGUCAGCGCCUGAUGCAGAACUGCCUGUGGACACUCAGGAACCUGUCUGAUGCGGCCACCAAGGAGGAGGGUAUGGACAGCCUGCUGCAGGUGCUUGUGGGCCUGCUCAGCUCAGAUGACCUCAACAUGCUCACUUGCGCCACAGGCAUCUUGUCAAACCUCACAUGCAACAAUGCCCACAAUAAGACUCUGGUCACCCAGAGCAACGGCGUAGAGGCACUGAUCCACGCCAUCCUGCGUGCAGGCGAGAAGGAGGAUGUGACCGAACCUGCCGUCUGUGCUCUACGUCACCUGACUUCACGCCACCAACAGGCAGAGGUGGCGCAGAAUGCUGUGAGGAAACACUACGGCAUCCCCGCAAUCGUCAAGCUGCUCAAUCAACCCUACUACUGGCCUGUCAUCAAGGCUGUGGUUGGCCUGAUCCGCAACCUGGCCCUGUGCCCAGAGAACCAGGCUCCUCUGAGGGACUCUGGAGUGAUCCCCCGUCUGGUCAACCUGCUGCUCAAAUCCCACCAGGAUGCCCAAAAACAUGGUUCAUCCGCCCAGCAGACAUACCAGGAUGGGGUGAGGAUGGAGGAGAUUGUGGAGGGCUGCACAGGAGCUCUGCACAUCCUGGCCAGAGAUCCCAUCAACAGAGCAGAGAUCGCCAACCUGCAGACCAUUCCUCUGUUUGUUCAGCUGCUCUACUCUCCAGUGGACAACGUGAAGCGCGUGGCGGCGGGCAUCCUGUGUGAGCUGGCCCUGGACAAACAGUCAGCCGAGCUCAUUGAUGCAGAGGGAGCAUCGGCUCCACUGAUGGAGCUGCUGCACUCCAACAACGAGGGCAUCGCUACCUACGCUGCUGCUGUGCUCUUCCGUAUCUCUGAGGAUAAGAACUCAGACUACAAGAAGCGGGUGUCUGUGGAGCUCACACAUUCUCUGUUCAAGCAUGACGCUGCUGCCUGGGAGAUGGCCCACAACAGCGUCCCCAUGGAUGGGCCCUAUCAAGAUGAGCUGGAUGUUGGUUUCCAAGGAUAUGGAGCAUACGCAGGUGACAUGCCAAUGGACGGCAUGGAGGUAUCUAUGAUGCCAGAAGAAUAUGGAGGCAGCAUGGCCUACGACAGACAACCAUACCCUGAGUACUGACCAAAAGAGCCAGAAGAGUGAGAGAGGUGGAAAAAGGAAGAGGAGGAACUGAUGUGGGACGCAAUGGGACAAAGAAGAGAAUAUAGUCGUCAGUAGAGAUUAUUCCCUCUGCUCUCAGCCUGAUGUAAUAUAUGCAAUUAUCACUGAGUACGGGACUCAUAAUCUUAACAGGGCUCAACUUUGUUUUAUAGCAUUAUUUUGCUGAUUAUAAUUCUGACAGUGAUGAUGCUUGUAGGUUUCUGUUAGAGAACCUUUUAAAAGUGCGUGUGUGCAUGUGAGUGUGUGUGUGUGCGUUUGCGUUUACGCUUUUGGGUGGGUAUUCUAUGCCAAAGAGAUUUUAUUUUGUGAUGAUAAUCAUGCAGCUUCCUUUUUUUAUGAAACAUAAAACAAAAGAGGAUAAUAGUUGAAAACACUGCCAGAGGUGGCUCAACCUGCACGGUGCACCUGCUCACCGCUCUGUUUCUUCUCUUAACGCCUUUGUAACAGACACUGCUGUCUACGCUGUAGUUUUGACACUAUAUAUUGUCAACUUUCUCCCGCUGUGACCCAACACUAAAGAGUCGGCGGCACUAAUUCAGUAGGAGUGAACAAACGAGGAAGUGUGGGGGUCUCUGACAGACCUCUUAGAGAGAGCAGGGUAGGGCUGCUCCCCCGCCACCCUUCAUGUGAUCAGCUGACAUGUUGAUAACUUUUUGGGAUGUUUGUUUUUUUAGGAAUAGUUUCUCACCUUUUAUAAGUUAUUCAGUGGGAAAGGUUCACAUUAACCGGCAUUAGCAGAACAUUGACAAAGAUGUCUAUCCUUCUAAACUGAAUUUUUAAGAAAAGAUCAUGCGACUGUGAUCAUCUGCAACACUGUGGUUUCACAGAUGUGUUCAACCUGUUGAUUCAUUCAUGAGAGAUAAUGUCGUCGGGGUCAGCCCUACAGCUGGAGCAAACUACUGACAGGGAAAUUUGUCUUUCUACUUAAUAAGAGUUUUUACUGAAAUUUUGUUUAAUAAAAAUAUAGGAUAUAUUAAACGUA